AUGCAGCGCAGACGGCCCAGCGCCGCUGUGAGGAGCAAAGUGUGCCUCACCCCCGGAAAUACCGCUCGUUUGUCGCUCGGCCUCACCCAUAUGGACCCUCCCCCCAUGACCACCCGCCCCAGCAGCAAACAAGGACCAGCGGGCACCAGCAAGGACCAGCAAGGACCACCAAGUCUUGAGGAGCGAGGGGCUGAUCCCAAAGGUCAGCGGCGGCGGCGGGCCCCGGGCGCCGUGAGGGAGCACGCCACGAGGGCCGCGCCGUGUGGGAGCGAGCAGUCGGACUCCGAGGAGACCGAGCUCUGGAGAGGCAGGUCACGUGACUCCGAGGAGACCGAGCUCUGGAGAGGCAGGUCACAUGACUCCGAGGAGACCGAGCUCUGGAGAGGCAGGUCACAUGACUCCGAGGAGACCGAGCUCUGGAGAGGCAGGUCACAUGACUCCGAGGAGACCGAGCUCUGGAGAGGCAGGUCAAAGCUCUCCCCAGAGGCGCCGUGCUGUAAGUAG